UUUUUUUUUUUUUCGGUGGUGAUAAUUCCACGUUUUGUUUACAUUCGCACAUCGGCUUCAAAGUGCAUCUGAAAGCCUCACUCAAGCCUCAGCAAACUCUCCAUGCGCUGUGUGCAUACUCCUCGCAGCAGCCAACAAACAGUACCUUGGAUAAAACAUGCUACUCACUUCAGCCCAAGUAUCAAUCGCUUUCUCAUCGGGCAUCGUAUUUAUCUUCACUGCAGCCCUCUUUCUAAGCGGGUAUGCAAUCCAGCAGCGGACACUGCGGGACCUCCGCGCGGCCAUCAAGCCAACUCCAAGGCCAUCCCCAAGAACAUAUUUGCCCGAUCAGUUUAAAAAGAUGACCACCGAAUUACCUGAUGGCACCAUUGUCCCGGUACAAGACGAUAGGGUUGUAAUAGAGAUCAAACCCACUCCGCCCAGUGAGGUCCACCAAACAUCGGAAACAGAAGACGAGAACCGACAGAAGCCAAUACCGGCACCACAGCCAGCGCAAGAGCCAGCGACAGCAAAGACGGAAAUGAGAAAGACAUCAUCAGCAAGAGCCCAAAAGUACAGAGAACAACAGCAACUGAAGAAGCAGCAGCAGCAGCACAUGCAGCAAGAGGGCUUGGUUGUUCCGCAAGGACAGCAACAACAAGAACAAGAUUUCAGCAAGACACCAAACCAGGCAGAACAACAAGAGACAAGCGGAAGCACCCCGAUCGAAAUCCCCGAAGGAAUGCUCGAACACCCCGAUCCGGACAAGCGCGCCGAGAAAGCAGUCAGUCCGGCAGAAAGGCGAAGGCUGAUCAAAGAAGAGAUCAAGAGGCUGGCGCAGCCUGAGGAGAGAGGGUAUUAUCAACGACGACUGUGGUGAGACAAUAAUGCAUGGGGCCACUCCAAUGGUGAGAGAAUACCACCUGAUUCAUGUUCAACCUCUGGCUGGCCUUGAGGAUGGAUUAUCGUGGAUACGAAUGGGACGUUUCUGGUACGUGUACAUCCUGUCAAUGAGUGUCCUGCUUCCUCGACAUGUUGUCACUACGAAAUCUUUACGAAUGAAAUGACCAUAUGUUCUUUGACUUUCUAGUGCAUCAUGAUAUCUAAACAAAGGACCAAAAAAAGAAGAAGAAAAAGCGAUUAUUUUUUCAAUCAAAACGCCCCCCCCCCCCCCC